AUGCUCGCUGAAGAACUACGCAAAGCUCACGAACGCGCAGCUAUACAAGCUGAAGAAAGAAAUAUCCGUCACGAAGCCCGAUCUCGCUCUAAGUCUGUAUCCAAAGAUAACCCAUCUCACUUUGAUUCUAAAAUAAAUCGUUCUAUUAUUACCAUGGAGGAACAACAAUAUAGCAAAAUCAUUGAUACUAUCCCAGUAUUUUCUGGACAAUCUAAAGAAGAUAUCAAAGAAUGGUUAGAGAUUGUAUCAUUAAAAUUUGAUAUUAUUGGUUAUGAUUCUUCUCAAAAACGUCGAUUUAUACCGCAAUAUCUUACGGGAAAUGCCUUAAAGUGGCAUCUUGCUCAUCGGGAUGAACUUUCGUCAUGGACUGAAUAUACUAAUGCAAUAAUAGCUGCUUUUCCUCAUUUAAUUACUACAUCUCGCGAUAUGAAUCUCCAGCUAUUAAAAGACAGAAAACAAGGUGACAAUGAGCCUUUUACUGAAUAUUAUGAGUCUAUUAUUGAUUUAUGUCGAAAACAUGACUCUGAUAUGACUGAUCUUCAAAUUGUUGAUUGGUUAAAAGCUGGUAUGAAAAUAACCUUAUAUGAAAAAUUACAAGGUGAAGAUUUUAUUACACCACAACUUCUACUACAUCGCGCUCAACGUAUUGAACUUGAUACUGCAGUUCUUGAUGCUCGCAAACGUGCUCCAGCUAUUCUUCCAUCUACAUUCUCGUCGUAUUCAAAUGUUUCAAAGCGAUAUAAUCCGCAAAAAUACUAUCAAAAUCGGUUUCCAUCAUCAUCUACCCUAUCGUAUCCACCACCAUUAAUGUCUACUCCUUACUCGACUAUGUCAUACAAUAACUCAAAUAAUACUCCGGCAUCUUUUUACUCUUAUCCUUCUCCACAAUCAUACCCGGAUGUUAAUAUGUCAAUGUCUCCGCGUCAUGCGAUUGAGGCUCAUGAUGGUCGUGCCUCCAUUCAUGCUAUAAAUCCAUCGCUUAUUAUUAUUCCUGUUACUGUUCAUGGCUCCACUGUACAUUCAUUGCUAGAUACCGGUGCUACACAUACUUUAAUCACUCGUUCUCUUCUUAACACCAUUCCUCAUUCUCCUGUUUACAAAACUCCUAUAACUACUGCGGUACUAGGUGAUGCGAAUACCACCAUAUCAGUUCAUGGAAUCGUUCGAUUAUGUAUCCGUAUUAAUAAUAUUCCUACAUAUACUUCAGCAGUGGUUGUUGAUUCACUAAGUGUCGAUCUCAUCCUUGGUAUGGAUUGGUGUCGUAAGUACAAUGUUGUAAUUCGUAUAUCUGAACAAGAACUGCUUCUUCAUCAUCCUCAAUAUGGCAAAACAACUGUUCAAUUUCAUACCAAUAUAUCCAUUCCAGUUCGUCUUUCUCAAACCAUCCAACUCUCUCCUUAUCAUGAACAUAUUGUUCGACUCUUUACACCUGUUUCAACUGCUUCUCAAGUCUCCUAUUCACCUGAUACAAAACUCUGUAAGACAAAAAAUAUUUUUAUUCCGGACGCUAUUCUAAGUGUAACUAAUUUUCAAACUUCUAUUGUUAUCUCUAAUCUUUCUAAAACUUCAUCUAUCUUGCGUCAAGGUACCAUUCUUGGUAAUAUUACUUUUUUUUCUCCUUUACCACUACCAAUCAAAAUCACAUCUUUCCCUCCUUCUACAAGCUUUUUACUUCCUAAGUCUUCUUUUAUUACUCUCUCGUCUAUUCAGACCAACUCUACUAACCAGUCUUCUGAUGUAGAUAGCAUUAUCCAAGAGUUAGUCAGUUCUAUUACAGAUUCUUCAGAACAACAGAUUUUUUAUAAUAUUCUGCAACAGCAUCGUGAUGUAUUCGACUUGUCCAAAUGUACUACUGCUAAAACUCAGCUUCCUCAUGUCAUCAGUACCGGUAAUCACCCCCCAAUUAGUGUUCGUCCUUACUAUCGUACUGUUGAACAACGCAAAGAGCUACAACAAGAAGUUGAUAAACUCCUAUUAGAUCUAAUAGUUCGUCCAUCCACUUCUCCUUGGUCGUCUCCUGUUAUAUUGAAAAAGAAAUCUGAUGGUACGUUUCGUUUUCUUAUUGACUUUCGUCGCCUUAACUCCAUCACAAAGAAAGAUGCUUAUCCACAACCAUCACCUGAAGAGUUGAUUUAUCGUCUUUCCGGACAUACUUAUUUUACUAAACUCGAUUUAAAAAGUGGAUAUUUUCAAAUACCUAUUUCAGAAGAAGAUAAAGAGAAAACUGCAUUUGUUACACCUGACGGUCAUUACGAGUUUAAUGUGCUUCCUCAAGGCCUUAUGAAUGCUCCUGCUAGUUUCCAGCGCGUUAUGAACAAUUUACUUGCCACUGGUAGAUGGGAUUAUGUAGUUGUUUAUCUUGAUGACAUUGUCAUUUUUUCUCACUCGCUCCAGGAGCAUAAACAUCACGUAGAUGAAGUUUUAUCUGUACUCAACAAAGCUCAUUUCAAAGUUUCCCCUGCUAAAUGUAUAAUUGCCGCUAAGCAAAUUGAAUUUCUCGGUCAUAUUGUCAGUGCUACUACUGUUCAACCAACACCAGACAAAAUUCAAGCUAUCCUUGAUAUACCACCACCUCGUACUUUAUCGCAAGCAAAUAAAUUUCUGGGGAAAAUAGGUUAUUAUCGCAAGUUCAUCCCUGAUUUUGCAGCUAUUGCCGCUCCUUUACAUAAAGUUACCAAUAAGACACGUACUAAACGACAUGAGUUUUAUUGGCACGCAGAACAGCAAGCUGCAUUUGAACAGUUCAAAACAAUUCUAACUACUUCUCCUCUCUUUCUUCAUUUCCCUGAUCCAUCUCUUCCAUUUAUUUUAUCUACGGAUGCUAGUCUUACUCGGAUAGCCGGUGUCCUUAAACAAAACUCUUCUACUGGUGUAAAAAUUUGCUAUUAUAAAUCUCGGUUAUUAUCUGAUAUUGAACGUCGGUAUUCUACCACGGAACGAGAAGCUCUUGCCAUUUAUUGGUGUCUCGAUCAAUUACGCCCCUGUAUUGGUACUUCAUCUGUCAUUAUUGAGACUGAUCAUCAACCCUUGACGAAUAUGCAUAAAAAGUAUAAUUUUCGAAACAAAAGGAUAGAUAAUUGGCUUUUAAAGUUACAGGACCUUCUUCCCCAAAUUCUUGAAAUCAAAUAUCGAAAAGGCAUUGACAAUGCCGGACCUGAUUUUUUAACUCGUUAUGAUAUUUCCGAUUCUUCCGAUGACUCUUUAAACUCUUCAACACCUCUUCCUCAACGUUUUCAACGUUCUUCCUUUACUACUUUGCCUUCUUCCGAUGACACUUGGCCACCUGGCACUGAAACUUGGAAUUCAAUCAUCGUUUCACCUGUAGUUACUCGAUCUAAAACUCGUGCUCUUUCUUCUUCCAGUAAAUUCACUCCUGUUGUUCAUAAAGUAGAUGAUGGUGAAGAGGAACAGUGUGAUCCUCUACCUAACUCACCAUCACCUCCCCAAUUAUCUACACCUAUUAGCGAAUUAAAUUACGAUAUUAGUUUCGCUCGCCUUAAAUCUGAACAAAAGUCUGACCCCCAAAUAUUUUCUCUUUUUGAACAACUUCAGAAAAAUUCGUCUCAUCCCCAUUUUUUUCUAGAUGACGACGUCGUUUAUCGUGUUACAUCCAAAUCCUCUCGUGUUCCUUAUCUUCCUAAAUCUCUUAUACCCUCAGUACUUCAUUUUUAUCAUGAUCAUCCUUUAAGUGGACACUUUGGUGUUCAUCGUACACUCUCUCGUAUUCAUGAUAAGUUUUGGUGGCCUACAAUGCGUAAAUCUAUUUCUAAUUAUAUUGCUUCUUGCACUAAAUGUGCUCAGUAUAAUAUUUUACGUUCCAAGCCUCCUGGCCAUCUUAAGUCUAUUGAACCACCAUCAGCUGUUUUUCAAGUACUUCAUAUGGAUUUCUGGGGUCCGGUUCGAAUACCUUCUGCUCACGGCAAUAAAUAUGUUAUUGUACUUACAGACAACUUAUCUAAAUACGUUAUUGCUGAACCAGUACCUGAUUGUACUGCUGCACGCGCCGCGCGAUUUUUUAUUGACCGUUUUAUCUUAGUUCAUGGCGCUCCCGAACGUCUCAUUACAGACCAAGGAUCCCACUUUAACAACAAUCUCCUUCGUACCAUCACUAAUGCCCUGAAUACUCCUCAUAUUUUUUCUGCCUCUUAUCACCCUCAAACUAAUGGACAAGUCGAACGCUUCAAUGCUACAUUUGCAGCUCAACUUGCUAAAUAUUGUAACUCUGAGAAAACUGAUUGGGAUCUAUAUCUUCCUUCUAUAGUUUAUGCCUACAAUACUAGUGUUCAUUCCACCACCAAAUUUACUCCUUAUGAACUUGCUUUUGCUCGUAAACCUAAGAGCCCUUUUGAUUUAGCCUCUCCUAUUGUUCAUCUACCUCCUCUUCAUUCUUUCUAUCCAUAUCUUCAACGUGUUCGUGAUUUGCUUACAAACAAAGCUCGAACAAAUAUUCUAUAUCAUCAAUCCCACUGGAAAAAACGUUAUAAUCAAUAUCGCAGUGAUCCAUCUUAUCAAAUCGGCGACCUCGUUUAUGUUCAUAUUCCUGCCGGUCGUUCCAAAUUAGAUGCUCGCCGCCUUGGCCCCUGUAUUAUUAUUGACACUUCUGGUCAACAACACUACCUUGUUAAGAAUAAUCUUACUGGUCUAACUAAUUGGUAUCAUGUUAAUCAACUUCAUCCAGUGGUUAAACGUCACUUUAACUAA